GUGCCCUGCCCCUGUCCUCACUGAGGCUCCUGGCUCCACCUCUGCGGGUGAUGCUGGCUGUGAUGUGGAAGGUGGUUCGUCAGAAGAGUGUAAAGCAUUACAUGAAGGUGGUGGAGUUUGUGUCCUUGGUAGCUGAGGCCAUCCCUGACAUAUUGACUGACAGACAGAGGAGACUGCUCACUCUGGGAUUAAGAGCAAAGAUGACUUUACAGAUGCUACGUUCUGAACAAUCAGAAGAUCUCAGACAUGUUACAACACACUUAAACAGCCUCCUGCCAACCAGCUCAAAACAGCUUCAGCCCCAAACUGAAGCCCUCGAAGACAACUUUGUCCGACUCAUUCAGAGACUUCUAGAUGACUCAAAGGGGAGAGAACACUUUCUCGAGAAUGUGUUUCCCGUGGAGUACGGCCCCAACUUUGAUACAGCACUGGAGACGAUGGUUUGUGAUUUCUUCACCCGGCUGGAAGAGCUUCUGCAUAUACCAAACUUUAAACAGACCGCAGUAUGGAUCGGUGAUACAUCCUCUGUGCUAGAAGAGCACAUGCAGUGUGUGACCACUACAGAUGACCUCAAAGUUUUGCUCAGAAGCAAGGUGCAUCAUGGUGAAAUGGCCAAGAUGGAUUCCAUUGGGCCCUCUCCGUCAGAGCAGCAGCUCUUCUUAUCGUUAUCUCUCCCUCCUUCACUGAGGGCAACCAAGGACAUGGAAUCAAAAACACAGACAUUUGAAAACCAAAGAGAGUCUGAGGCGACUUCUCCUCAGGCGGUGGGAGACACGAUGGAAAAGGAUAGAAGAUGGUCGUAUGAGAAUGAGACUCCGCAGAGCAGCACAGAACACACAACAGGAGAGAAAUGCAGUGACCGGGUUCCUGAUGUUCACAUUGUGGAGCAGUGUGAUGACAGAGCUACCUCUACAUCUGCUCAGAGCCCUGUAAUGUCUGGAUCUUUAAUCGGCCACCCUCGGCUCAGAGUUGCACAGAAAUGCAGUCAGUGUGCGAAGUGCUUCAUUUACCGUUAUGAGCUCCUGGAGCAUCAAAGACUGCACACUGGAGAAAACCCCUACAAGUGCUCUCAGUGCGGAAAGGCCUUCAGGAGGACGUCUGCCCUGUCCUCUCACAGACGGACACAGUGCACGAAGGCCGCUUAUAUUUGCAUCAAAUGUGGAAAUAGCUUUCAGUCUAUACAGGACCGAUUUAGACACCAGUGUAUUGAAAGUGUCCCGAAGUUUGACUGUUCUCAGUGUGGAAAAGGCUUUAAGAAAAUGUACCUGCUGGAUAAGCAUGAGCUGACUCACAGCCAGGACCGCAUCUUCAGGUGCAAACAGUGCAGUGAGGUGUACCCCAACAUGGGCGAGCUGCGAUCCCAUCAGAGGAAUCAUCCUCCCAAGCUGUCCCAUCAGUGCGUGCAGUGUGGGAAGGUCUUCAGCUCGGCUGCGUGUCUCACAGCUCACGAGCUGCGCCACAGACAGCAGAAAACGCAGAUGUGCAUGCGCUGCGGCAAGGCCUUUAAGAGCAAGCAUGACCUGAGUCUGCACAUGCGCAGUCACACAGGUGAGAGGCCUUUCCAGUGCACGUACUGUGGGAAAUGUUUCUCGGUGUCCGGAAAUCUCACCGUACACAUUCGAACUCACACCGGAGAGAAACCAUAUCUGUGCUCUGACUGCGGAAAGGCGUUUGUUUCAACCGGCGAGCUGCAGAUACACAGACGCACCCACACGGGGGAGAAGCCGUACAAGUGCACUGUGUGCGAAAGAGGAUUCACCAUGGCCAGUAAACUGACACUUCACAUGCGUGUUCACACCAGGGAGCGCCCGUAUGUCUGCUCUGUGUGUGGGAAAGGUUUUUCACGUGGCGGCGAACUGAAGAAACAUACCAUGAACCACACGGGGGUUAGACCCUACGCCUGUCAGCUUUGUGCAAAGACUUACACAUGUCUCAAUCACCUGAGGAGACACGUAAAGACUCACAGUGGGCUCCAGACCGCCUGAUCAUCAUAAAGCAUUUCUUUCAAAUAAAUGUUUUGACUUCAUGCACUGUGCGGAUUUUAUGUAUUGGCUUUAUUAUUUAUCACACUUAUUUAUUCAUCAUUGGAGUGAACAUCAUUUGCAAUCAUAUCUGCUGUUAAACAACAGUAUUUUGAAGUAAC